ACGAGGGGACAAACGGGAAAGGAAACGCGAGGGGGGAAGCCGCGAAGCGAGAGAGGGAGCGCUACCGGCCACCGCCACCUCGCUUGCCUCGCCUGCUCGCUCGCUCAUCAGUGGCGGUUUAGGGUUUUCGCCGCCCGCAUCCUCCCGCUUCUAGCCGCUGACCAGGCCCCCAGAAGAUGCCGAGCACCGCCGGGAAGAAGCCGGGGCUGUAUUCCGUGGAGCAGGCGGAGCAGGGCCACCGGGGCGGCGCGGACCCGGACCUGGACGUGGCGGUGUACGCGAAGGUGGAGCAUGUCAAAGUGUACUGUUUAACCGAUGACGGCCAAUGUUAUGAUCAGGGAACAGGCCAUGUAACCAUUGACUAUUUUGAGGGAUCAAGCAAAAUUGCUCUGGCUGUUGUGGAUGAAGAGGAUGAUGGCACACUACUACUUCACAACAUUUCUUCGGAUGAUAUCUACAAGAACGAAGAAGAAACAACCAUCUCAUUUAAGGAUCCUGAAAGAGCACUAGAUUUAGUGCUGAGCUUUGAAGAUGCUGAAGGAUGCUCAUAUAUAUGGCAGCGCAUGCUUUCCAUACAGAAAAAACUACAAUCUAGUGUCGUUGGCUCUCAGGUCAUUCCAUGUCCAAAAUUUGAGAUCCCAGAAGCUUCUAGUAGUUCACAUGGGUUGAUAGAUGACUCCUUAGUUUCUGUUAAUGAUGAAUUGCCAGAUCUUCCUCCUCUUGAGUUAUCCAGUCUUCCUUUGAUUUUAAAGAUUGUAUUGGAGUGGGGAAUGAAGAAUCAGACGCUUGCCGCAGAGUUAAUAUCCCAAGAUGAUGACUUUUUCCCCAAGCUAGUGGACCUUUUCAGAAUGUGCGAGGGUUCAAGAAACAUGGAUGGUCUUCACAUGAUCUUCAGAUUAGUCAAGGGAAUCAUAUUGUUGAACAACUUUGAGAUGUUUAACAAUAUUUUCUCUGAUGAUUUUAUCCUGGACAUGAUAGGAGCCCUUGAGUAUGAUCCAGAGGUUUGUCAUGUGCACAAUCAUCGUGCUUCUGUGCAGAAGCAAGUAGUUUUCAAGGAGGCCAUACCCAUUAAAAAUGCUUAUGUGGCCUCAAAGAUUCAUCAAACAUACAGAAUACGCUAUAUAAAGGAUGUUAUAUUACCAAAAGUGCUGGAUGAAGCUACUGCAGAGAGCAUUGACUCAAUUAUUCGUGGGAACAAUGUUCUUGUUGUUUGUGUACUGAGGGACGAUGCUUCUUUUAUCCAAGAUCUAUUUGCAAAGAUGAAAUCUUCAAAUAUCUCUGCUGAAUCAAAAAGCAAACUGGUCCUGUUUUUGCAUGAGUUUUGCACUCUCAGUAGAAGUUUGCAUCCUGAUCAACAAUGGCAUCUGUCUAUGGAUCUUGUAAGAAAAGGUGUGUUUGACAUCAUUUAUGAUGUGUUACGGAGUCAGAAUAAAGUACUCGUCUCAGCUGGGAUGAAUGUACUUAAGCAUUUUCUUGAUCAGGAUCCUAACUUUCUUAGAACAUUUAUUGCCCAUCAUGAAGAAAACUAUCAAGAAGGCGAUUCUCUUCUUGGAGUUCUUGUUCAGGGCAUGGUAAUUGGCUCUGGUGAGGAAUUGCGCUGUCAGUCUUGUCUAAUGACACUGUUGGAUCCUUCUGCUCCAAAGACAGCUAGGAAUUGUGAAGUUGUUAUUCAAGCUUUUUUUGAGAAGCAUCUUCAUAUAUUGAUUGAUGUAAUAGCAUCUUCCUGCCCACCAAAGGGCAUUGCCGGAUCAGCAUCUGGUUCGGUUGGUGUUGACACAAUGGUUGAACAGCAUUCUGCUAAGCCUGAGAUAUUGUUGAAUAUUUGCGAGCUAUUAUGCUUCUGUGCACGUCAUCACUAUCACAGGAUGAAGGUCAACAUUUUUGCAAGCAAUGCAAUGGAGAAAAUUCUUACUUUAACCUGUCAGAGAGAGGUGGCUUUGGUUGUGGCAGCUGUCCGUUUUAUGCGGACUGUCAUUGGCAGAAAGGAUGAGUUUCUUAAUAGCCGUAUUAUCAAGUUGAACUUGUUGAAGCCUAUUAUUGAGGCAUUUGUUGAAAAUGGCGAUAGAUACAACAUGCUACACUCGACGUUCCUUGACCUGUUGGAUUUCAUAAGAAAGGAAAAUCUUGAGUUCCUUAUUGAAUAUGUUGCUGAGUCCUUUUGGGACCAACUUGUGAAGUUUGAACGACUGGAGAGCAUUCAGGCCUUCAAACUUAAGUAUCAACAGAUCAUGGAGAGUGCCAAAACAAAGCAAAGUGCUAGUGUGGUUGACAUGAGAAAGAAAGCAGAUGAAAGAGGUGCUGAUAAGGAAGAAGAGAAUUAUUUUAAGGACAGUGACGGAGAAGAUUCUGCUACGGCGGCAACGGGUGCACAGAAACAAUCUAUGCCAGCAAGGCCUAAAUCUGGUGGGCAUGCAGAUUGUGAUGAUGACAAUGAUGAUAAAAAUUAUGAUCCACCUCCCAGGAAGCCUAUUAAGGCUGAUGAGGAUGAUGAGGCCCUAGUUAAACCCGUGGUGAGGAGCAGUCCAGAUGAUGGCAGCCAUACAUCUGUGAAGGCUCACAAGAAGCCAAAGCUACGAGUUCGAAUUAGCUUUGCGAAGAGUGUUGCUUCAGCUAGUGUGACUGCUAGACACUCUGGUUUGGAAUAUGAGGAGGAGGUCGCCCGCUCGCCUUCUACAAGCACAGAAAGUUCUGAAGACAGUGAUGGUUUAGGAGGUGGAAGCCCAGGCUCUCAGCAUCAACUACAAAAGGGAGAGGACGGCAAUGACACUGCUGAGGAUUCAUCCCCCAAAAUGGUUCUAGAUACCGCAAAAUCAACUGAUUCAGAGCCUAAGUGAGAUGGGACUGUUCUUUUUCUCACAAUAGACUUCAACAACCUGCCGUUCCUUGUGAUGAAAAGGAGAGUGCACAUUCUGCUCCAGAGAAUACUGUAUCCAUAAUGUGCUAAACUUGGAACCUGCAAGAACGAUCGGAGAUAUUUUUUCGCCACAGUCGUGUACAUCUGACUGUAAUUGUGGCUGAGUUGCGAACAUGUACGGUUGACUACCGAGGGAGAUUCGAAGUUGAGAAUGAGCUUUCUUGGUGCGACAUCUUGGAAUAGAAAGGUCUUACUAGUUUUUUUUUGCAUUUGAGUAGUAAGACCAUUGUAGAGGGCCAGAGGGGCAGAAAAUGUGCGCCCUCUGCUCGAAAAUUUUCAUCUAGGGUGAUUGACUAAGCUGCCGCUCUUAUAGAACUGCUAAGAUAGGUUAGCUUGGAUUCAGUUGCCUUGUACAAAGCUUGCGUCAUAGAUCUGUGUAAUUUGUUAAUGCGUGGUAUGGUAUGUGCUGACCCAACUGACGGUACAAGUUUAGCUUCUCAUGGAACUGUUACCGCACCUUCCGUGGUCAGAAA